AUGGUAACUAAACGAGUGGCCCGGUAUGGCGAUUGGGAGAGCCCAAUCACUGUCGAUACUGUGACCUCCAAGAGCUGGUCUGUAUCAUCGCCUCGAGUCCAUCGUCAAUCGGGACGGGCGUACUUCAUUGAGUCGAAGGAUGAUGGACGUAAGGUUUUCGUUGAGAUUACCAAGAACGGUGGCCUCAAGGAUCUCUUACCAGCACCCUACAGCGCCGGCAACACAGUUUACGAAUACGGUGGCUCUACUUACGACGUCGCCGCGGAUGGUCGCAUCAUCUUCUCCAACCGUGACAAUACCGUCAAAUCACUCGAUGUCGACACUGGCAAAGUCGUUGAUCUGACUGGCGACUCAAAGCUGCGAUAUUCCAACUUCAGCGCCAACCCCACGAACCCCUGGGUCUUGGCGAACCAAGAGGAUCACACCAUCAACACGCCUCACGAGAUUCGGAAUUACGUCGUCGCUAUUCAUGUAGACACCGGCGAAGUCAAGCGCGUUGUCGAGGGCGCUGACUUUUACUACACUCCUCAGUUCAGUGCUGACGGGAAGAAGCUUACCUGGAUGGAGUGGGAUCAACCCAAUCUUCCAUUCGCAUCCGCCAAGAUCUUCGUUGCGGAUUGGACGUCAGAAGCGAAAGUCGAGAACGCGGUCUUGCUUGCUGGCAAUAACCAAGAUGGCGCUGCUGAGCCUCGAUGGGGCCCGGACGGAAGUUUGUUCCUCGGCAUUGAGGUUGAUGGGUUCCGGAGACUGUUCCGUCUAGCUCCUGGCGCCGAAAAGCCUACACAAGUCAAGUUGAGCGGACUGGAUAAUGCUGAGAUCGGAGAGAUCAGAUGGUAUCAGGGAAGUCAAACGUACGCACCACUUUCGGAACGUUACGUGGCUGCGGCAGCGAUAACUUUCGGCGAGGCCCAGCUCAUCCUCAUUGACCUUGAGAAUAAGGAUUGGAAACCCAUCGGAUCAUCUGGCAUUUGCGGCAUUGUCAACGACGCGAUGGCUCGCCUGGACGACAGAUCUUUGCUCCUUGUUGCGGAUGAGGCCGGCUCUCCAUCUGCUUUGUACAAUAUCGAUAUUAUCAGUGGAAACACAACGAUUCUUCGAGGAACCACAGACGAAAAGCUGGACGAUGCACUAUUUUCAAAGCCGGAGCUUGUGAAGUUCGAGUCGAAGGGGAAACCAUCUCGCACAAUCUACAGCACCCUGUGGAUGCCAAAGAACCCCAAGUUCAUCGGCCCGGACGGCGCGAUACCUCCCUUAGUCAUCUCCUCGCAUGGCGGGCCAACAGGCUACACCGGCUCUGGUCUCAAGCUGCGAACUCAGUAUUUUACUGCACGUGGCUAUGCCUAUCUCGCGUUGAAUUACACGGGCUCGACCGGCCACGGCAGAGAGUAUCGCGAGGCACUCUUUGGAAAAUGGGGCAUCGUCGACGCCGACGACGCAGCUGAAGUCGCCAGGCACUUGGUUGAAGCAGGCAGAGUCGCCAAGGUGGGCAUCGUCGGUGCCAGCGCUGGAGGCUACAACGUCCUCCAGGCCCUGGUCCGCCAUCCCACAACCUUUGACGCCGGAUUCUGCGUCUGUGGUGUGAGUGACGUCAAGAAGCUGGACGAGUCCACGCAUAAGCUAGAGUCCGAGUACAUGGGCGCGCUUGUUCUGGAUCCGGGCAUGACAGACGAACAAAAGGAGGAAAGAUAUCGUGAGCGAAGCCCCCUCUACCACGCCGAAAAGAUUGGGGCUCCGCUGUUCCUCCUUCAUGGCGUCGCGGAUACCGUGGUGCCGAUCGAGCAAGCCCGGCUCAUCUACAAAGCUGUCAAGGAUAAGGGAGGGGAUGUGAGAAUCAGGGAGGUUCAGGGCGAGGGCCACAUGUUUGGUAUGCCUGGAAGCCCUCGCCUUUGGCUAGAGGAAGAGGAGACUUGGUGGAGAUCAUACCUGCUCUGA